AUGCAGCAACGACCAUCCCGUUUAUAAGAGACUUUGAUUCUUUCAUCUUUUAUCUUGUUACUUCUCAAAGCUUUGACAGUCUCCCCUUCAUACCACACAAGCUCACCUUGGGAGAGUCCCGGGACGGAAGGAAAACCAUACAGCACCCACACCAUGGCGCCCAAACAGAAACAACCAUGCUACGUCCUCGGCGUGGGCAUGACCAAGUUCAUCAAGCCGCGCGGCAAGGUCGACUACACCGAGCUGGGCUACGAGGCGGGAAUCAAGGCGAUGCUGGACGCCCAGAUCUCGUACGACGACGUCGAGCAGGGCAUCGCGUGCUACUGCUACGGCGACUCGACCUGCGGCCAGCGCGUCUUCUACCAGUUCGGCAUGACCCAGAUCCCCAUCUACAACGUCAACAACAACUGCUCCACCGGGUCCACGGGCCUGGCCAUGGCCCGCAACCUCAUCUCGGCCGGCGCCGCCGACUGCGUCCUGGUCGUCGGCUUCGAGAAGAUGAUGCCCGGCAGCCUGCAGACCUUCUUCAACGACCGCGAGUCCCCCCUGGGUACCACCUACGCCAUGAUGGCCAAGACGAGGGGCCUGAGCAAGGCCCCCGGCGCCGCCCAGAUGUUUGGUAACGCCGGCCGCGAGUACAUGGAGAAGUACGGCGCCAAGGCGGAGGACUUUGCCGAGAUUGCGCGCAUCAACCACGCGCACUCGGUCAACAACCCGUACUCGCAGUUCCGGGACGUGUACACGCUCGAGCAGAUCCUGGCGUCGCCCAAGAUCCACGAGCCGCUCACCAAGCUGCAGUGCUGCCCGACCUCGGACGGGGGCGCGGCGGCGGUGCUCGUGUCGCAGGCCUUCCUCGACGCGCGCCCGCACCUGCGCGACCAGGCGGUGCUGGUGGCGGGCCAGUGCCUGGCCACGGACGCGCCCUCGCUCUUCUCCGGGAGCGCCAUCGACCUGGUCGGGCGCGAGAUGACGACGCGCGCGGCGGCCGCCGCCAUGGCCGAGGCCGGCGUGACCCCGAGCGACGUCGCCGUCUGCGAGCUGCACGACUGCUUCAGCGCCAACGAGAUGUGCCUGCUCGACGCCCUCGGCUUCGCCGAGCCCGGCCGCGCCCACGAGCUGGUCCGCUCGGGCGGCAUCACGUACGGGCCCGGCCGCAAGGUGCUCGUCAACCCGAGCGGCGGCCUCAUCUCCAAGGGCCACCCGCUCGGCGCCACCGGCAUCGCCCAGUGCGCCGAGCUCGUCUGGCACCUGCGCGGCUGGGCCAACAACCGCGCCGUGCCCGGGACCAAGUACGCGCUGCAGCACAACCUGGGCCUCGGCGGCGCCGCCGUCGUGACCGUCUACCGCCGCGCCGACGGCCGCGAGGCCCCCGUCCUCGACUCGGCCGCCGUCGGCAGGAUCAACAAGCAGGGCUACAACCCGGCCGUCGAGGCGAGGGGGUUCACCGCCGAGGAGGCCAACCGGGUGCGGAGCAAGCACAAGACCAACGACUUUGCCUUCACCGCCACCCUGCCCAUGAUGAAAGCCGCCCAGGCAAAAGUGUAGGUAGCUUGUGUUAGCUUCCUUCUUUCCUCUCCCUUCCUCCCUCCCUCCGAACGGGGACGGGAAUAAUCUUGCAAGCAUGCGCAAGGG